AUGGGGAAGUUGAAGAUACUAAGUGAACUUUAUCUUGAUUCAAAUGACUUAGACGGGGAUAUCCCAAAUGAGUUGUUGAACUUGUCUUCGUUGAUCAAGUUAUACUUGAGUAAUAAUAAACUUUCUGGUAGGUUAUCUUUUGCAAUUGGAAUGUUAUCCAACCUGCAAUAUCUCGACUUAUCGACAAAUCAACUCAUCGGUUCAAUACCCCAACAGCUAGGGGAAUGUUCAAAGUUAUUAUCUUUGAAUUUGAGCACAAAGCAUUUUAAUGAAAGCAUCCCAUCCCAGAUCGGAAACUUGGAUUCACUACAGAUUUUUUUGGAUCUUAGUUACAAUGAGUUGAGUGGAGAGAUACCGCCAGAUUUUGGAAAACUAAACAAAUUGGAGACACUAAAUUUAUCCCACAACAAGCUUUUCGGCUCAAUCCCAUCUUCGUUUAAUCAAAUGCUCAGCUUCACCACUGUCAAUGUUUCGUAUAAUGAGUUGAGUGGUCCUAUUCCAAAUAUCAAGGCCUUUGUGGGUGCUCCAGUUGAUGCAUUGAAGAACAAUCAAGGGUUAUGUGGUAGUUACUCUAGAGGAUUAACACCAUGUAAUUCUUCAGCUGUCAUUGGAAGAAAAAAGACCUUGCUCAUCAUCCUACUUCCUCUACAUAGUCCUGAAAAGCGGAUCUCAUUUUUGGUUUAUGAGUUCGUGGAAAGAGGAAGCUUGAAAAAUGUUUUAUCUGAUGGGGAACAGGCUAUGGGGUUCGAUUGGAUAAAGAGGCUAAGAUUCAUCAAGGGAACAGCUAACGCACUUGCUUACAUGCACCACGAUUACAUUCCAGCAAUAGUUCACAGGGACAUAUCUAGCAACAAUAUUUUGUUGGACUCUGAAUACGAAGCUCGUGUUUCUGAUUUUGGUACGGCGAGGAUUUUGAAGCCGGAUUCAUCUAAUUGGACUUCACUAGCAGGAACCUUCGGAUACGUCGCUCCAGAGCUUGCCUAUACAUUGAAGGUGACUGAGAAAUGUGAUGUUUAUAGCUUUGGGGUGAUCAUAUUAGAAGUAAUUAUGGGGAGCCAUCCAUCUGAAAUCAUCACAUUGCUCUCACAAAGUCUUCUUUCAUUUUCCUCUUCCAGUAAGGCAGGGGAAAACAUAGGGUUGAGAGACAUUUUGGACCAAUGCAUUGGAGAACCACCGGAAGUCCUUCAAAAUGAAAUAAUGUGUAUUGUGAAUGUUGGAUUUUCAUGUUUACGUGGUGAUCCACUUACUCGGCCAACUACGGAAAAAGUAUCAACAGAGCUAUCAUCGUAUUCACAGAGUAACGCAUCUUUGCUGAAGUCCUUUGAAACUAUUACUUUAGCGGACCUACUCAUCUCAUGAUAAGUAUCCAUCUCGUGUCAUAUUAAGUGACAACUUUUAACAUAACAGUGUAAUAUGGGAAAAAUUGGUCUUCAUGGUAUCAAAUUUGUUUUGUUUGUUGUAACAGCAUAUCAAUGCAGUACAGCGCACAUUGUUACCCAUUUGAAUAUCAAUGCUUCCAUCACCUCUUCCUA